AUGGUGAUCCUCUUCUCAGGGUUGCACAUCUUCCACGUCCAUCCACCCUCCUGCUCUCAUCUGCGCAAGCCCUUUGUGUGUGAGGUGACAUUCACGGAUCCAGGGGUUAGGACGUGGACGUCUUGGGGGCUGUUACUUGGUGCACUUCAGUCUCCAUUCUGCUCUAAAAAGAGCAUUUCGUGGGAGGUGAUUUCAGGGAAACACCUGCGCCCAAGGAUUGAGCCCCCCGCAGCCUCGGGCACAUGCAGGGGUCGCAGGAGGGUGUUGAGUGCUGCAGUAACCAUCCUUACUGGGCAAGGUGGGGGACACAUGGACGGGGUUGGGGGGGAGCUUACUGCAGCCUGA